AUGAUUAAGCACCGGGCUCAGAAAGCUUCCCCUGGGCAGCACAGGCACUGCGAGGGAUGUUUCAACCGGCACUGCCGCGCACCAACUGAGCUCUCCAUCUCCUGCAUGGUGAUCAGCUGCCACCUUCGCUGCGGGGCCACCUUCCACAUGUGCAAGGAGGAGGAGCACCAAUUGCUCUGUCCCUUAGAGCAGGUCUCCUGCCUCAACUCAGCUUAUGGCUGCCCUUUUUCCAUGGCCCGCUUUAAGCUGGCGAAGCACCUCCAGGUCUGUCCAGCCAGUGUUGUCUGCUGCUCGAUGGAGUGGAAUCGUUGGCCAAACGUGGAUUCGGACACAACCCUCCACAAGAACAUUAUGAAGGAGACCUUGAACGAAGAGUGUCUGGACACAGCCUUGGCGCUCAGAGACCAGAAGAUCCUUUUCAGGGCUUUGAAAAUAGCUGAAUUGUUUCCAGAGUGGAGGAAAAAGGAUGAAGUGGAAGAGCUAAUGGACGAAGCCAUGGAUGGGGAAGAAGGUGCUGUGGGAGGAGUAUCCUGUGGUUCCCAAGAGGGUAACGACCAGUUGUCUGAGCUCAGCCAACGUGAGCGUGAAGAUUUGGCAAAGGACAAAGAGGGAAUGGAUCUGGGGAGUUACAAAACCUGGGAGAACAUUUUCAGCAAAGAGUUCCUGGCUUGCAAGGUAACGGGCUCAGCAGCCAACACAGGACAGAAGACAGAGGCUUCCAAGAAAACAGCGUCAGCCCCUCAUGCUGCCAGCUCCGCAGAGAAGGCAAAGGAAGUACCUGACGGUGCAGAAGAGGCAAAGGACCAAAAGCCCGAAAAAGUAACACCAAAUACAGAAAUGACAGGACUGGCUCCCUGGCAAGAAGGGGUCCUGGAGAGGCUGAAGAAGGAAGUUGGUGUAGGUGAUUACAACAUGUAUCUGGUACAUCACGGGGGAAUGCUCAUCCGCUUUGGCCAGCUAGCUGCUUGCACUCCCAAAGAAAAAGAUUUUGUCUAUGGGAACUUGGAAGCUCAGGAGGUGAAGACUGUCUACACCUUCAAAGUGCCAGUUAGUUACUGUGGCAAAAGAGCACGACUAGGAGAUGCACUGGGCCACAAGAUGCCAACUUCAGACAAGUCAGUGGAUACCUCAGAAUUGGGAUUAAACCUAGAAGAACUACCUAAGGCAAAUAUAGUUAAAGCCACACUGCUGUGUGCACUGGAAAAAGAGCUGAAAGGCCAUGAGAUCUCCGAAGCAAGAGGUAUCGAUGGACUCUUUAUGGAUUUUGCAACACAGACAUACAGCUUUCCUCUGGAGCCCUUCUCCUCCAGUGCUGUUCUAGCAGAUAUUCUGGAUGAAAAAAGCCCACCAGAACUCCACAUGGAGCUCUACACUGAAUGCGUAACCAGAAGACACAACAAAAGCAGUUCAGCUUUCGCAUUCACUUGCAGUCAUUUCUUCAGGAGGGAUGAGUUCCCGUCCCACUUCAAGAAUGUGCACGCUGAUAUCCAGUCAUGUCUGGAUGGAUGGUUCCAGCGUCGCUGCCCACUGGCCUACUUGGGAUGUACUUUUGUUCAAAAUCCCUUCCGCCCUGAUGGACUUAAGGCCAAGGUUAUAUACAGCAAGCCUCUCAAGACAUUUGCUAUUAAGCCAGAGGUGGACACCCUCCUUGCCGAAUCAGGGAAGUGCAAUUCCACAGUGGCUAAUCAAGGGAGAAAUAAGGACUUGCUGAGCAGCCUCCCAGUGGAAGUGCUCAAGUACAUUGCAGGGUUCCUGGACAGCUUCAGUUUAUCUCAGCUAUCGCAAGUGUCAGUGCUGAUGAGGGACAUCUGUGCCACUCUUCUUCAAGAGAAGGGAAUGGUCCUGCUGGUGUGGGAGAAAAGAAGAUAUUCCCAUGGCGGUACUUCAUGGAAAGCUCGCAAAAAGAUCUGGCAGUUCAGCAGCCUGUUCUCCAGAGUUCACAAAUGGCAGCACAACGACGUUGUGUGCAUGUCGGAGCACCUGAAGAAUUGUCCCUUCUACCAAGUGGAGCACAAGACGGACCCCGUGCUGCUGACAGGCAUGUCCGAAUCUCGAGAGCAGACUCAAAAGACUUUGGUUUCUACUUUCAAGCGCAGAGUCUGA